GAGGCGCUACAAAAAGGGCGCGUGAUUCGAACUCGUGGUUGUGUUCCAUCACCAUGCAGGGAUGGAUAAUAGUGUUUCCAGAAUAAAUCAUUGAUCAAAUAUGGCAUCAGAGAGUGCAGCGCAGUGUAGAAGGAGUGGACGUACACCCAAAAGAAAACAAUCUUCAAAGACUGAGGAUUCACCAAGGAAAAGAACCUACAGAAAAUGUGAAAAGACCGGAUGUCCACGUGAACAACCGGCUUGCUUUGCCAAACUAACAAGCGGUUGUGCAAGAGAUGGGUAUACAUCAAGAUGGUACCACUUGUCCAAUGGAGAACACUUCUGUAAUGAAUGCUUUGACUAUACUUAUAGAAGUCACAAAGAAGGGAAUAAAAGAUUUACGGAUUGGAAGCUGGAAGCUGCUGCAAAUUGCCAGAAAGAGCUGUCAUUAAAACUAUUCUUUGCUGAAGAAGUUCUAAAUUAUUGGGUUUUAUGUCACAAAUGUAAGAAAUGGCGCAGUGUUUCUGAUACAGUAGUGCAAAAUGGUGUUCUUAAAAGCAAAUGGCAUUGCUCAAAGGCUAGCGGAUGGAUAUGUAUGGAAGAAGAGGCCCAGGAAGCACAAGAAGCAAAAUCGAUAGACUGGCUCAACACUUUAACGUAUCUACCCCUGCUAAAGUACAGCUCGCCCUUCUCAGUGUUAAAAGAAUACUUUCCAGAUGGCAUUGGAUUCAGUGCUUUAUCGAUGUCGUCUGAGAAGCAAAAUGGAAAUGACACUGAAAGUGAGAGAGACAAGGAUUUCAUUCAACCGUUCCAUGCACCUGAUGACACAGAGAAAGCCGGCUGCUACAGCCCUGAUAUAAUGCUACCCGAAGAAAAAGAUGCUUUCCCUUAUCUUUUAAAAUAUUCGUCCAUCUAUCUUGGCUUGAGAAAUCUGGCUUUGUCGAUUUGGAAUUCGAAUGUUAAGGCUUUUCUUUCUCUGGAGAGCUGCCUACCAUUCGUUGUGAUCAGAGGGCUUACGCGAAUUACGAUGUGCGAGAUUCUGAAAGAUGUGUUGGAUUUUCUAACGAUUAGUGGACGAAUAAAUUUUGGCGUUAUGUCAGAUAUACCUAGAGAUGGAAUUCUGAACAAAGAAUAUUUCAUGGGCUCUGUCAUAGUAAUUGGCGCAGGCUUUGCUGGACUUUCUGCCGCGGUUCAGUUAACAAGAGCUGGAUGUAAGGUUAAGGUUCUAGAAGCGAGAGAUUCUGUUGGUGGAAGAGUUCAAGACGAUACUUCUUUAGGCGCUUGCGUUAGCAAAGGGCCUCAAAUAAUAACUGGCUGCAUCAAUAAUCCAAUGUAUAUAAUGAACAGACAGCUUAGCAAGCCGUUGCGCUUUUUAGGCUCAAAGUGCAAUCUGAUUGACGAAAACGGAGAAGUUGCUGGAGAAGAGAUGGAUCAGAAAGUAGAGUUUUAUUUCAAUCUGAUGCUUGAGCCUGAUGAAGAUCAAAGGAAUGACGAAAACCAAGGCAUACAGCAAAUCUCAUUAAAAAAUCACCUUGACGCCAGGAAGCUAGACCUAGAGGCUCAAAUUUAUCGCAAAUUGACAAAGGAAGAAGAAGGUCUACUGCAAUUUCACCUUGCCAACUUGGAGUAUGCAUUUGGUGCCCCUAUUGAAAAUGUUUCUGCGCUAAAUUGGAAUCAAAACGAAUCGAUGCUGCAAUUCGCUGGAGAUCAUGCCUGGGUUGAGAAAGGCUUUGGCUCUGUCACCGAGGCUCUAUCAAAAGAUCUAGAUAUUAAUCUUUCCUGUGAGGUGGUAGCUGUAAAUUACGCUGAGAGCCAAGUGCAAGUAACAGCUCGCAGUGGGGAAACAUUUUCAGCUGAUAAGGUUGUCGUUGCGGUACCACUAUCUGUUCUCAAAAAAGGAUCAAUGGAAUUUCUACCGUCGUUUCCUGAACCAAAGAAGGAGUCAAUAUCAAAAAUUGGUGCUGGUGUCAUCGAAAAGGUAGUGAUGCAGUUUAAGAAAAAAUUCUGGAGUGAUCAAAUUGAGACUGCAGACUAUUUCGGUCACAUUCCGGAUUCAUGCGAAGACAGAGGUUUUGGCUGUUUGUUCUAUGAUGUAUCAGGAAAGGACAGUCCUGUUCUAAUGGCUCUGUUAGCCGGCGAUGCUGCUUUGAAAGCUCAGAAACUGAGCGAUGAAAAUAUUGUUGAUCGCUGUCUGCAAACUUUAGCAAAGAUGUUCCCUAAACAGACUGUCGAUAAACCUUCAAAGUACUUUGUCACACGUUGGGGUUCUGAAGAGCACAUUGAAAUGACGUAUUCAUAUAUUGGAGUCAAUGCGUCUGGUGAAGACUACGAUGUUCUUGCGGAGACAAUCGACGAGAAAAUCUAUUUUGCUGGCGAGGCAACAAAUCGACAAUUUCCUCAAACUGUCACAGGAGCUUUUAUCAGUGGUCUUCGGGAAGCUAGGAAGAUCUUGAAGUGUGUUCAAUGAUUUCACACAGAUAAUACCUUGCUUGACUGCUUCAUUAAACAUUGGCUGGUUCAAUAAAAUUGUAAAUUUCAGAUAAAUCAAGGCUAUAUAACGGGAUUGUGCCCUUGCCUUGUGAAAACUGAAAACGAUUUGCUCUUUAUCGUAUAGCUGUGUGUAAAAUAAUACCUUCUACUUUACUUUUGUUAAUAAAUAUCCAUUUCUAGUGUAGCUGUAUCAAAUAAAAGCUCAAAACAGUUAUCUUGAUAUGUCAUAUUGUGAUCAGUGGAAAUAAGUCAGGGUUUUCUAGAAUUUCAGUAUUGAUUUGGACUUGGAUCUUGGUAAAAUCGUGUUGACAGUGAAGUUAAAUGCCUGUGGUGACUUUUUCGCCACUUUGUAAGCUUUGUCAUUGUACUGCAGCUAGUAUUUGAUAAACAGCAAAUAGCAUGCGAAAAUACUCAUUAUUAGAAGGCGAUUAUUGUACAAAAUUAUUUUUAUGGUUUUUAAGAGAGUUGAUAAAGACCUGACAGGAAAAGAGUUGUGAUAAUGUUGUUACAACAAUUGGAAAUCACUCUUAACGCGAUCCAUGUCAUAAAGAGAAAAUCCACGCCAAAAGGAGAAAGAAAACACAGACCAAUCAAAAUCAAACGUGAUUAAUCGCAAUCGGUAGAAAAAAGCAGCUUCUACCGCCUAAGCCAAUCAGAAGUCUGCAUUUUCCCAAAAAAUCGCAUGACAGUGAUAUUGGCGCUAAUCCUGAUGACAGCGCAUGGACGGGUGAUAAUCCUGCUUGAUGCCUUUGAUAUUCCGCCUUCGCGGCAAAACACUGCAUGCAACACAAAAAGCGUUUUUGACUUUUUCUACAGGACUUCGGGCGUGCUAUCGCGACACUUUCUAUGCAGAGGGGAGGGGUUUUUGGAUGGUAGUCGCCCCACUUUCAUGAAAAAUCGGAAUGUUUCGGUGAAACAAAUCCUAUGUUAGUAAACGCUUUAUGUUAAUUCCAUGAAAUUAUUAAAAAACUUAUAUUGGAAAUUUCGAUUAUAAAACGAAAUGAGGCAUUACCUGGUUACUGUAAGGUUAGCAGCAAUCUCAACUCCUUUCUGUCCUUUGUAUGAGCUUUAGGCUUUGCACCACAUUAACCAAACCGUUUUCGCGCCAAAUCCCAUGCACGUGUUUGCAGUCUUCCCGCGACAAUUUUCGCUAUUUGGCAUUGAAAAUCUUGUAAAUACUAUUUAACAAAUAAUCCGAUGGUUGGUAUGGUCCUUCCUGUAAGUUACUCAUGUUUUCCUUGGUGUUUUGUGAGAAUUAACAUGAUGCGAAUUGCUGUUACCAUCGAUCGCAUGGUGUAGCCUGCGACACAGACCAAAUCGAAUGCAUUCGAUUUGGUCUGUGUCGCAGGCUACACCAUGCUAUCGCGGCUGGCAGCAUGUUGAACAAUCGGCCAUUGAUGGCUGUUGACAGCUAAACAGCUUUGAAAAAAAACGGAGACACCGUUGUGUAUCCUCCGCUGGCUACGGUUGCCUUGAAUCCAGGCGAGAAAAAUUGCGAAGAGCCCCGUCUACGAACUAGGGUCAAAGUUAGAGUCCUGCUAUAAAGGGACGUAAAAACGUAGAAGAACACUUAAAAGGACUUCAAGAAAUGAAAUUUUUUUGAAAACAUAGAAGAAUGUUUAAUGAUCAAAUAUUGUAUAGUUAUUAUUCUUGUGAACAUUUAUAUACGGGAAAAAUUGUUUUUCUAACUUUCGAAAAGAUCAAAAGUGUACCCUGAGCAUCUCUAUAAUGGGUUUUCCAAAGUAAGAACCGUUUCAAUUUAGUUUUCAUUAUAUAAUUUACACUUUGAAGAAAUGUUAAAGUCAAAAAAACUGUGGUCUAAUUUGCUAGUCCUUUUAGUUUUACACUAACUUGUGACAAAAACAGGCUCUUCCUGCAAAAUUUCCACGGUGUAUGAUAUGAUCCUGUCAGAAAUGUUUGCCUUGUUCUUGUAACCUGUGCUCAAGACUCCUUAUUUGAGGGGUCUGGAGCACAGUCUAUUUCCUAGCUUUUGAUAACUUUAUUUCAAGUUGGAUAUAAUGUUCUAACUUAAUUUUAAACAAUUAUCAUGGGCUAUUAAAUACCAAUGACAGCGGUUUAUAUCACAGAUUGGAGGAGCUAAAGCG